AUGCCGCCGGAAGAGCAACUCAUCAACGUGCUGGUACUUAGACGCACGGGGUUGCAAGCGGCGGACAUCGGAUGGAUCAAGGAGUGGCGCCCGGAUCAACUACUGCAGCACCUGUGCGACACAGCUUUGGGCGGAUGGUGUGAUCUUCCUAACCAACACUCUGGACCCAUUCGCAAUGCUUUUCGGAAGGCCUCGCAGUCCGGUAACCGGGAGGCCCUUCUGGAGCAUUUGUCGGCAGCAGUGAUCCAACCAGUCCAAGCCUUGUGGGACAAGCGGGGUUUGCUCUUCCACCUAGCUCGACAGUCCACCUGGUACCCGCUCCUGUCCACCUUGCGCGCUGCUCAUGGACAUGAUUAUUUCUGGGCGAAUAUCGUAGCCUUCGACCUGCGCACGCAGCGGUUGGCGAACGCUUACCCGCGGGACAGGCAGGUGUACUGCGGCUUCGGCCCUGGGGGCUUGCGUGGACUCAAUGCUGUCCUGGGUCGCGCUCGUACUGCAGCAUUGGAGCAGCAGGUGGCUUUGCUAUGGGCCAAGUACCUCGCUGACACUCUUGCUUGGCCGGGACCACGCCCUGAAGCUUAUCUGGUGCAGUGGUGGCUCUGUGAGUUGUCUCAAGCCCCGACGUCCAUUUGGAGCACAGGCUGA